GAGGCGGCUGAGAGGCGGGCGGGGCAGGCAGAGCCGAAGCCACCCGAACGCAGCGCACAGGUCAGCGUGGAGGUACCCGGCCACCAUGCUCAGUCUCAAGCUGCCUCAACUCCUUCGCGUCCAUCAGGUUCCCCGGGGUUUCUCUGGGUAGCCCUGGUUGUCCUGGGAACUCGCUAAUGUAGACCACACUGACCUCAAACUUGAGAUCUGCCUGCCUCUGCCUCUCAAGUGCUGCCGUUAAAGACAUGAGCCACCACUCCCAGCUGCUACCAGCCACUUUUCUUGAAGGAGAAAGGCCUGCAUACCAUGACUCCUCUGCUCCCCCACCACCCCCAGGUGUUCUGGGAAGAUGGCAUCAUGUCUGGCUACCGAUGCCCCACAAGCUCGGCCUUAGAUUGUGUCCUCAGCUCCUUCCAGAUGACCAAUGAGACGGUCAACAUCUGGACUCACUUCCUGCCCACCUGGUACUUCCUGUGGCGCCUCCUGGCGUUGGACAGCCCCGGCUACCGCGCAGAGCCGUACCACCUUCCAUUGCUGGUCUUCCUCCUGCCCGUCUGCCUCUACCCCUUCGUAUCCUGCUGCGCGCACACCUUUAGCUCCAUGUCGCCCCGUGCGCGCCACAUCUGCUACUUCCUGGACUACGGGGCGCUCAGCCUCUACAGCCUGGGCUGCGCCUUCCCUUAUGCCGCCUACUCCAUGCCGGCCUCCUGGCUGCACGGCCACCUGCACCAGCUCUUCGUGCCCGCUGCUGUGCUCAACUCCUUCCUGUGCACCGGCCUCUCCUGCUACUCGCGGUUCCCAGAGCUGGAAAGCCCUGGGUUCAGCAAGGCUCUCCGCACAGCCGCCUUUGCCUGCCCCUUCUUGUUUGACAACCUCCCGUUCUUCUACAGGCUGCGGCUGUGUUGGGGCAGAGCCCACAGCUGUGGGCAGGACGAGCUGAGCUCCAGCCAUGCCUACCACCUCCUCUGUGCGGUUCUCACAGGCUUCCUUUUUGCAGCCCGUCUGCCAGAGCGCCUGGCACCUGGGCGCUUCGACUAUAUUGGCCAUAGCCACCAGCUGUUCCACAUCUGUGCGGUGCUGGGCACGCACUUCCAGCUGGAGGCAGUGCUGGUUGAUAUGGGCUCCCGCAGAGCCUGGCUGGCCACACAGGAACCCACCCUGGGCCUGGAGGCCACCAUGGCCACAUUGAGCCUGGCAGUGAUUGGGAACCUGCUCAUCAUCGCCAGUUUCACAGCCUCCUUGCUUCGGAGGCCUGGGAGCUGCCCGUUGCUGCAGGGUGGCCCACUAGAAGAGGGACUCCAGGCUAAACAACAGUGAGGCCCUCUCUGGCACUGGCAUGGAGGAGGGAGGAGACCAGGCCUCGUUACUGUGGAGGGCCUGAGAAGGUGGAGGUUAUUCUGAACCUGAGUGGAGUGGCUGAAGAGGCACGCUAGAGGCCUGUUGGAAAGACAGAUGACUCAAGAGGCAAGUGGUGAAGGCCUGUGAGUGG